AUGGCAGCUCCCGGUCCCAUCAUCACUUCCAUCCCCGGAUCCACCCCCAGCGGCCCUGCCUACCAGUACAACGUCAAGAUGACCUGCACUGGAUGCUCUGGCGCCGUCAACCGGGUCCUCGCAAAGAAUAUCACUGCUCCCAACGCAUACCACAUCUCCCUCCCUAAGCAGCUCGUCCUCGUCUGGGGUCCUUCUCUGCCUCCUUUUGAAACUGUGACCGAAAAGAUUGCCAAGACUGGCAAGGUCAUCAACGAGAAGGCCGUGGUGGACGAUGCGAGCACGCUGCCUGCGCUCGAGGCUUCCUCGUGA